CUUUGCAAAGUUUUGUUGUCAGUUAAGUGAGGAGAAUAAUCCGCCACAAACGUUGACAUUUGUAGGAUUUUUUAAUUUGCGGGGAUAAAUUAGAUUAAAACAAUUUAAUGCUACAGGAGGAUUGUCUGUCUGUGGAAACGCCCAUCGGUUUAUAACGGACCGAGAUUUAAACUGGUGGUUGAAACUUUGUACGAGUCGAGAUUUGGGUAAGAAACAGGACUGUCUAGUUAUUUAGUGAAUUCCAAAUGUGUUAUUAAAUUACAUAUUUGGACUGGAAAACAUGAACAGUCCAGGACACGAAUACUUUUGGGAGAAAAACGGAUGCAGCUCAUAAGAAUUUAUGCUGUUUUAUAUUGUAGGAGAAUAAACCCAACUGUGAGAAAAUGGUUAAAAAUAACAAGAGUAGAAGAAGGACAAAAAACAAUGGGAAAAAGAAAAAAAAAUCUGGCCCUGACAUUCCAAGCAUCACAGACUUGACACCACUGGACGACCCAUCUGAAAGUGAGGACCCAACCCUGCUUCUGAAGCUCAUGUCUACCGGCCAAGGUCAACUCGGCUUUUCAGACAGAGUCUACCUGCUGGCAUCAAUCCUCUUCCAGAACAAUUACCUGGAGAAACCUGCUGCCCAGCAGGUGGUGAGUUAUGGCAAAGAGAGAGGAGUUCCUUUUCCUGAAGUGAAAGAUGAAGACAUGCAUCGUACAGCUUAUGAGCUGGCCUUCAAUGCACUUAAAUAUCAACAGCUGCUGGAGGACAUAAUGACUGACAGCGUCUUUUACCGUACACAUCUCAUACCAGAUGAUCAGAUGAGCCUAGUUGCUGUCAUGCUCUAUGACUUCCAGGACAGGAAAUUUCUCCCACGGGAACACAAAGGCGAAGAAGAGUUCAUAAAGGAAGUGAGGGAUGUGGAGAACUACCUCCUUAGGUUUAAAACCAAGCUGGCAGCCUCUCUGGCCCGCUGCAGGAUCAAAUUUGAUCUCCUGUCCAUCGAGUGUAUUCUACCAGAGAGUGUGAAGGCAAGACAGAUGAGAUCAAGCAACUUACCACUGUAUGCAUGGGUUAACCCACUGAAAGGCAGUUUUGAUCAGGUCUGCAGUGUGCUGAACAGCGCUGGCUUUGUACAAGUGAAAUCGAUUGGUCAGCUGAAAGGGAAGACCUUCUGCCAGGAUCUCCACUGUGCGGACAUGCUUGUAUUCCCUGCUCAGAUGAAAGCUCCUCUGUACUCUACCAAGCUGCUUAGCAACCGCAAACUCAUCAUCCAGGACAAGUUUUGCAGUCUUGGCCCUGUGGCAGUGUGCUCCCUGCUACCAGAGGAAGGAGACGUUCUUAUGGCAGGAUGUUUCUCUGGCUUCACUGUCUCACGCACUGCCUCCCUAAUCGCUUUGAAACAAAAAGCCAACUGCUGUGACCAGUCCACGGUGUUUGUUUGUGUUGGUGAUCGCACAGACACUCAGACGGAGGAGCUACAGCUGACCAUCACCAAAAUGGGUUGCAAAAAUGUAAAGCUAAUGCUCCAGAACUUCCAGUCCUUGGACUAUGGAGACAAGAGGCUUCGAAAGGUGUGCGUUGUCCUCUUGACCCCUAAAUGUUCUGUAUCUGCAAUCAGCAACCCAGUCGAAUUCAUACUGCAAGAGAAUGGAUGCACAGACCUGCUUCAGGACCUGUCCCAAGGUUCCAUAGCCCAGAGCAAACUGGAAGCUCUGGUGGUGCAGCAAAGGAAGGAUAUUGAUCACGCCUUGAUGUUCCCCAGGAUUAUGUCAGUGGUAUAUGCUACCUGUUCAACAUACCCAGAAGAAAAUGAGGAGGUGGUGAGCAGAGCCCUGGAACAAGCUAAAGCCUGCCCUGAGCAGGAGGGAGAAUCAAAACACCUAAACUUCAGACCAAGCCCAUCCCCAUUUAGCUCUCCCGACCAAGUUGAGGGUCAGCGGGACAAUUUCUUCACACUGGAGCCCACAGAUCAGAGCAAUGGCUGCUUCCUGGCUGUUCUCACCAGAGAGCCUGAACCAAAGGUUGAAGAGACACCACAGGACGUUUUGUCCAGGGCAAAUGCCAAAGGGAUACUUGACAGAAUUGGAUUCAACAAGCCACCCAAAAAAGAGCUUGGGAAAACCAACAGGUUGAAAAAAACAACCGAAGCUCACCCUUCCAAGUCCAUCAACCGAACUAACAAGGGCAGUGGUGAUUUUUGUGGCAGUCAAAAAUUUAUCAAACGGCCGUCACCACAAGAAAAAGCCGCAGUACUGCGCCUUCAACCCUCAAAGAACUCUGUAAACAGCUCCUUCUGUUUCUCGAAACGAGAAGGCACCAGUAUCUCCUCACCCUCCUCCAAAUAUGAAAACAACACAUCCACUACAAACAUCACAACUGUUCUCCAUCCUGCUCCUCCUCCGUCUACCCCACUGGUCCCAGUUGUUCGUCCUCGUAGGGCUCCUAAAGAGGUGCUGAAACCUGUAGCACUCACUCUGCCUUGUGCCCACUUCCCUUGUUUAUUCCCACCCCAGCAACCUCAAACAGGAUUCAGCCCCAGCUCCAACCACAGCAGGUGGAGGACCCUGGCUCCAGCUGUUCCCUUCUCCCGCUACAGUACCAGUCUCUCCAAGGAAACUCUGGUCAGACCCCGGCCUCUCUUUUAACACAUAUAUUGACUAUAGACACAUUAAUUUGUUUAUGUCACCGACACAAGAUAUACACCGUGUUAUUGAACUGACAAAUUACAUUGAGCAUGAAAAUAGAGCCAUUAUUACUUGUCAUUACAGUGUCUUUGUGUGCCAUAAAGAAUAACCUUGCAACAUCAGAAUCUAAUCAGACUGCAUAUAUUUAUAGGGCUGCACCAAUGUCAUUUCAAUGUGACUUCAUGAUGAAUAGCUCUUAUAUAAAGACUUUCGAUGACCUGAAAAAUUAAAGGAUAUAUUCAAGAGG